AUGCGGCGGCUCGGUGAUGUAAGGUCGGAAUCGGGCCGCGUGCAGCUCCUCGUGCUCGUUUCCGCUCAUCUUUGCUCCAUCACAGGUUGCCUGUUUGUGACAGAUUAUUUCACCCGGACACCUCGCAGACUGAACGCCUUCCGCUCAUUCGCCAGCGUGGAGCUCUUCCACUUCACUGUGCCUGAUGACACAGUUGUGGCCGUCUGGAACCUCAUCACAUUUAAGGAGCAAGGGGGAACGUUUGGAGAUAACUGUCCUGACCGCAACGUGACAGUGUACUUCAGGUCGGGAGCCCCACCGGUCAUCAACCCCUUGAACACCCGUUUCCCAAAGGACACCAUCGUCCCAGGCUCCUUUGCUGUCACGCUGACAUGGACGCUGCCCAACCGUACUACCGGGGUGUUCAAUGUUACCAGCCCUCUCCCUGGAGACUGGUUCUUGGCUGCACAUCUGCCAAAGGAUGAAGGGAAAAUCUCUGUCAAGGGUCUUCAUGAAGAGUGUCAGUACCUCUUCCAACCUCAGCUCAUAGUCCAGAGGCUUAUCGGGAUUUCGGUGCUCUACCCUGGCUACUUCAUAGACCAGAUGAUUCCAGGUCACAACAGAUCUGUUCUCUAUAAAGUAUUUAUCCCCAGCUACAUAUCUUCUGUAAAGGUUCAGCUGGUGGACUGCAGCACCAGGAACAGGAGCAGUGAAAGCUGUCCAGUUCUGUUGAAGUUGAGAGCGAGAGCUCCACCUGUGCACAACUCCAGUGCUGUGGACUGCAGAGAGAACAUGCCAUGCGAGCUGGAGGUGCCACUGCUGUCUUGGGAACAGUGGUACUACAUUCUGGUGGAGCGCUACCUCAGCAUCACAGAUGUAUACUUCCGAAUUGGUGUGCAGGUCAAAGACUGCUCCAAGCCGAGCAUCACUAAAGGCUCAUCUGCUAUGAAUAUGCCCCAGUCAUUUGGCACAGCGAUGGGCUUUUCUCUGUCGGAAACACUGCCAGCUGCCAGCUUGCCCAACCUCGUACGGAAUGGCUCGGAUCAGAGUCCACUGCUGAAGGCCGAGAACAGCAUCAUCUACUUGGCUCCCACUGCUGACACCAAUAAGUGCUGGCCAAUCCGACCUACAUUACGCAAUGAGUUGGAUACCUUCUCUGUGCACUUCUAUAUCUUCUUUGGGCCCAACAUCUCUAUUCCUCCAGACCGGGCAGCAGUGUUUGCCAUUAAUCUGAUGCCAGUGUUGGACAGUGGAGGCGUUCUUAACAUGGAACUCAAACUCAAUGUGUCCUCAGUGAAUAGGGAGAAUAUAACUGUAUUUGGCUGCCUGCAUCAUGGAAUGCCGCUAACCCUUCAAGACAACUCCUCUGUCAAGUGCGAGUCUGAGUCAAUUUCAGGAUUCCUUUUGUCUGUGAACACCACGACAAACAUUACCAAGCUGCGGAUCCCAUACCCCCAGACUGGCACCUGGUACCUCAGCCUCCGAUCUCUACGCUCCACAGAACAUGGGUUUGAGGCGUGCCCUAAUAUAACAGCAGAAGUGUAUCUUCGGUCCUAUCUGACCCCAUGUAUCAACGACUGUGGCACUUAUGGCCAGUGCAAACUCCUCCGCACCAAUAACUACUUGUACGCUGCAUGCGAGUGCAAAGCAGGUUGGGAUGGCUGGGGCUGUACAGACAACACAGAAGCGUAUUCAUAUGGAUUUCAGCUACUGUCUACCCUGCUGCUCUGUCUGAGUAACCUGAUGUUUGUCCCACCUGUGGCCAUCGCCAUUCGCAGCCAUUAUUUGCUCGAAGCCUCCGUCUACAUCUUCACAAUGUUCUUCUCGACAUUCUACCAUGCCUGCGAUCAGCCGGGCAUUGUCGUGUUCUGCAUUAUGGAGUAUGAUGUCCUCCAGUUCUGUGAUUUUCUCGGCUCCCUCAUGUCCGUCUGGGUUACGGUCAUUGCCAUGGCCAGACUUAAAUCCAUCAUCAAGCAGGUGCUGUACCUGCUAGGGGCGAUGUCUCUAUCCAUGGCUCUUCAGCUGGACCGUCAUGGCCUGUGGAACCUUCUAGGCCCCAGCCUUUUUGCCUUGGGUAUAAUGGCCAUUGCCUGGACUGUUCGCACCAUCCGGCGGCGCCGCUGCUACCCUCCAACAUGGAAACGCUGGAUCUUCUUUCUGCUCCCAGGCACUACCAUUGCUACUUCAGCUGUGGCGCUCUAUGCCUUCGUGGAGACUGAAGAGAACUACUUCUACAUCCACAGCAUCUGGCACAUGCUGAUUGCUGGUAGCGUGGGCUUCCUGUUGCCACCCCGUGCCAAGCCUGAUGCCAAGGUGACACCAAUGAGGCGCCAGCGUGGAUGCGGAUACCAGCUCUGCGUUAAUGAACACGAGGAGAUGGGCCUCGUCGACCCGGCCAUUAUCACCAUCAACAGCAUCUGCACCAGCUGA